AAAGCGGAAUCUACACAAAAAUUUAUUUUGCCCACUAUAUACUAUAUUUUAAUAUAAAUGUAUAAGCAUCCACAGCCUAGCUAUAACAUUAUAAACUCUAAAGGCAAAAGAGUAUAAGUCAGAAUUAUUUGUUUCACAGAAAAAUGUAUGGUAUUUAAAGUAAAUAGUAAUAAGAUUAAAUGUUAGAUUUUGAAUAUACUAUUAAAAUCUCAAGUAAACAGGCGAGAAAGAAAUGAAAUUGACUUAUAUUAUUAUUAGAAGCAUAAGCAAAAGGCAGCAAUGUAGAAUACAUUAGCGUAUUCUGUUUUUACCAAAAUUUGACUUAUUCUGUCUUUUACCCGUCCACUAAAAAAAGACAGGUCUGGAUACUCGCUAGAGGAAAAUAUAUCUCUAGGCCUCUAGGUGAAGCCAAAACAAUGUAAUGUUUAACAAAAGUUAAUAAUUAAUUUAUAAAGUUUAUAUAGCCAUGCAUGAUUAUGUACAAAUAGGUAGGUGCUAUAUGUACUGUAAAUUUUUCACGCGAGAUGCUUUCUCAAGUUAACACUCACUCAGUGGGCAUUCACCACUUUGCCUUCAAUAUAUGAAUGGUCAGACUUGUGUUAUAUGAUUGCACAAUCUUAGAUUUUAGUUAUUUUUUGUACUUGUUUAAAUCUUGUUAUAUGCUUUAUAUGAUUGUAAAAUAUAUAAUACAUACUUUAUGGUAUUGUUAUAGGAAUAAUUUACUGUGUAUAUGUGAAAUAUUUCUCUCUAAAUGUGCGAACUUUCAUAAAAUCAGUUAAUAUAUAAACAGUAUUCAUCAUAAAUUAAUUGUACAAUUAAAUGACAGUAAUCAGAUUUGAGUAUUUGAGUAUAUUAAAAAAUAUGACCACCAAAUAUUAUUAUGCAGUAGCCAAAGGUCGUAAACCUGGGAUUUAUCAUACUUGGCCUAAAUGUCAUGAACAAGUGCUUCAUUUUUCUGGAUCUGUAUUUAAAAAAUUUAAAACAGAAACAGAAGCACGCAGCUUCAUUGAAGAAUAUGAGAAAGCAAAUAAAGAAAAUGACGUGGAAGGUGCAUUACCUAUAAUUGGUAAAAAACGACAAAUACAAAUUAACAAAGGUACAGACUCUGAUACCGGACAACCAAGUUCAAAAAGGCUAAAAACGACAAGUUCAACAAAAUAUGAAAAUAUACGGAUAGAUAAAGUAAGUGAUUUAACUCAAAAUUUCAUUGUGGAUGGCGAUGGUUUUGUCAAUGUAUAUACGGAUGGUGCAUGUACUGCAAAUGGGAGAAAAAACGCAAAGGCUGGUAUAGGUGUUUGGUUUGGUGACAGUCAUCCUCUAAAUGUAUCGGAAGCUGUUGUUGGUCGAGCAACUAACAACAAUGCAGAAAUUAUGGCUGUAACUGUAGCUGCUAGACAAGCAAGAAAGGCAGGUAUUACAAAUUUGAAGAUUAAUACAGAUUCCCAAUUUCUUAUCAACUGCAUAAAGUAUUGGAUACAUAGCUGGAAAAAAAAAGGAUGGGUUACUUCAAAUAACAAACCUGUUAUAAAUAAGAAUGAACUAAUAGAAAUGGAAGAAGCUUUAAAACCUCUAAACGUGGUUUGGAAUCAUGUCAAUGGUCAUGUUGGAAUUUAUGGUAAUGAAAUGGCUGAUAAAUUAGCUCGGGCAGGAAGUUUAAAAUAUGUCUAACAUUCAUAUGUAAUAUUCACAAAAUAGUCAUUAAAUAUAUGUAUUUUUAAUCAAUAACUUAAAUA